AUGUUACGUUCAAGAUCCCAAAGCAGCGUCUGGGAACAAGAAGCAAAGUUUGUGCAAGAUCGAAUAUCGAACGUAGAGAAACAUUUUGCGGAAUUAUGCACAACAUUUGCAGUAUAUACAAGAAAAGCGGCAAGAUUACGCGAUAAAGGAGAUGAAGUAGCGAAAGUAAUCCAAACUUACGCUCAAUCAGAAACCAUAAAUCGAUCUCUUUCCACCGGACUGACAAACUUUUCUCAGACUUUAUCGGUGAUUAGCGACUACAGAGAUGCCGAAGUGCAGAGAUUUGACGCCAAAAUAAUUGCUCCCCUUUCUCAAUACGCGACAAUUUGUAAACACGCCCGUGAUGAUGUGAAAAAUACAUUUACAGCACGAGAUAAAGAAUUAACGAGAAAAAGACAUCUAGAUAGGCUCAGAGAGCGAAAUCCUAGAAAUAGACAGAUGAUCUCACAAGCCGAAUCCGAGCUAAUGAAAGCUUCUGUUGAAGUUUCAAGAGUUGUAAAAGGUUUAGAAGAACAGAUCGAUUCGUUCGAGAAGCGGAAAUUACGUGAUCUAAAGUCUAUACUUUUGGAUUUUGUUGUUAUCGAAUUAAGUUUUCAUGCAAAAACUAUUGAAUUAUUGACGAAAGCUUAUCAAGAUAUCGCUGAGAUCGACGAAGUUGACGAUUUAGGGGACUUUCAAAGAAUAAGAGGGAACAUGAAUGGGGAAUUUCGCAAAGUGAUGCAUGUCCCCGAUUCUGUUGCGAGAUUAACUACCGUUGGACGAACUUCGUUCAGACAAGCUUAUUCUCUUACCAAUUUGGCUAGUCGUUUCACAUCUUCCCCCAUGAUUUCGCAGAAAUUAGCUAAUCGUAGAACUGAAUCCACGGAUUCUGCAAAAUCCAGUCUGAAAACAAACUCUUCAGAGUCUGUACAAAUAGAGGAAUAUAAUAGAGACAGUACAGAAGAAUCAGAAUCUGAAUCUAUUAAAGACAAACCUAUUGAACUACAAACUAAUUCUGGACAUGAGGAUUCUACAAGGUUUAUUUUUAAAACAAUACCAUCAGUUCCUUCAUACCAGAAGUUUUUAACAUUGCCUAUGAUCAUGAAAUAA